GUACGCUUUAGCGUGCGGACUUACUCGGUACGCAAUCCGCUUCCACUGUUGACGAUCGAUGGCUUAUUUAACGAAAGAGGUGGACAUGUUAAUCACCCGUCUCCAAUCCCCAUCUCCGCAUCUUUCAGAUUGAGGGAAAAAAAUGGGAGAUAAGAAAUCGACGUUGGUGUUGGAUGUUGACCUUGACUGCCGUCUCUGCAACAAGAAGAUCAGAAAAGUUCUCUGCAAAUUCCCUGAAAUCCAGAGCCAGAGUUUUGACGAAAAGCAAAAGAAGGUGACCAUAUCUGGUCCGUUCGAUCCGGAGAAGCUCAUCAAGAAGCUCUAUUGCAAGGCCGGAUGCAAAACCAUCAAAGGCUACGUGAUCCCAAAACCACUACCACCUAAACCGCCCCCACCCCCAGCCGAGCCACCUAAACCGCCCCCGCCCCCACCCCCACCCCCAUCCGAGCCAACUAAACCGCCCCCGCCCCCAUCCGAGCCAGUGGCUAAAGCGGCACCACCCCAACCCGAGCCACAGAAACCGAAACCAGCUCCACCAUGCUUACCCGAGUUCCUUGCACAUGGACCGGUGAAUAUACAUAUUGGGCCGGUCGGACCGCCGUGCUGCUGUAGGCCGUGUUAUGAAGGUCACGAAAGGGAUGGAAUUUGUACGAGGGGUGGGGGCCACUAUGACAGUAGCUAUCGUUUCUUCUGUGAAGAGGAACCAAUGUGUAAGACCAUGUAA